AUGUUUUCUUCAGAGUCAGAGUGUGAGACAGCGGAGCCCCAUUUUGAUUCCAGGAGCCGUAUCUUUGAGCUGGACCCCUGCAGCGAGAAUGGCAAAGUCUGCCUGGUCUAUAAAGACUGCACAAAAGGUACUUUCCCAUUAACCCAUGUGAUUGGCCACAUGCACUGUGUGCAUAAAGGAUCAUGACAGAUUAACAGAGUAAGACAAUUUCAGUUUGCCAUAUUUUACACCAAAUGUUAUUAAAGUUAUAAAGCGAAAUUGUUAUUGACAGGUUAACAUGAAUGGAAAUGUGUGCCUCAUUAUUGUAUCCCCCUUGCUCCUUGUCACCCUGGAUAUUUGGUUUCAGGUGUGGUGGCCCUGCAGUGUGAGGUGUGGUUCCUGGACCACUCUCUGUACUGGCACUACCUGACGCCCAGCUUCACCGCCUACUACCGCCUGAUGAUCACUAACCUGGGCCUGCCAGAGUGGCAGUACGUCUUCACCCCCUACGGCCCCAGGCCAUCCUAAUACAUAUACCGUCGCUUCCUAGAAGGGGCUAGUGUGGGGUCCAGGGAUUUGGCUGGAAUUGGGGAAAAAUUAAAGAACAUACAUGGGGUGGCUAAAAGCACUUGAAAAAUGUGACCCAUUGUUCUUAUGUAUUGCAUGUAGAUAUAAUUGUAAAUAUGGUAGACAUACAUGUACCAUUAGCCCACUAUCAUGUAGCCUAUGUAAGUAAAAUGCUAAAUCAGCAUAGCCAAAAAUGUGAGCCACUGCAUACAAGGUAAAAAUAGAUUUUGUUUCUUUCAAUGUAUGUACAAUAUAUACAGUAAUGUCAAACAUAACAAACCCCAGUUAGUCAGGCUAUGUGUAAGAACUUUCCAGCUAAAACAAAUAAAUCACUGGAUUAUGCUUAAAACAGGAUUAUGCCUAAAACAGGUGAUAAUGCUUAAAACAGGAUUAUGCCUAAAGGUGUCCGCAUGUUUCCCAUCUGAAACGGUUUGUGCAUAUAUUAUUAUGACAUCUUGUGACGUUUUUGUUCGUUUUGGUCUUCAGCAAGGGUUUUUUAGGCUGUUUGUGCACACAACAUCCUCAGCAAUAAUAAAGAAGGAAAAUACAUGUUAAAAAAAUAUUGAGUUAUGUUAGAUUAACUCUACGGCGUCUCAAGAGGGAAAAACAGUAUUAUAGCCGCUUUUUUCUCAACAGCAGUGGGCGUCUCUCUACAAGCCUCUGACGUUCCACUGUGAGCCCAGUAUGGCUGACCUGGCCAGAGAGCAGACCGUCAACAAGCUGGACCCCAGCAAAGCCUUCCGGGGCAAAGCCAAGCUGAAACAGUUAGCCCAGGGAGACAUAGUGGGGGCGGGGGUAUGGCAGUGUUUACCAUAG